AAAACAAAAAAAAAAUUGGGGGGAAAGGGAAAGGUGGGUGAGGUGUGGGGGUGACGAGAAAACUUAAAAAAAAAAAUUGGAGGGUGGAAUGGCGAGAAAUAUUUUUUUAAAAAUUAAAAUAUUUUUUUUUGGGUAGAGGGGGUGGGGUGGGGUGGGGUGGGGUGGAAGGGGUGUAAGUAGGGGUGGGGUGGGGUGGGGUGGGGGUGCAAAAUAUAUAAGGAUAAUUUUGUCAAAACCUAAAUUUAGGUGAAUUAGAAAUGGAAUGGAAUGGAAUGAGUAAUACCAUGUGGGAGGGAAGGAAUGAUGAUUCCUAUAUGUAAAGGAAUGGUGAUUCCCUUAAGAAUGGUGAUUCCUAAAAUAAAACUAUACCAAGCAUAGGAAUGGAAUGGAGGUAGGAAUCACCAUUCCAUUCCCACCUCCAUUCCAUCAUACCAAUCACCUCCUUAUAGAUACAUCUGGUUCACUCCUGCGCCUUAUCAUGAAUGUCAGAAAAGACAAGUGGAAUCUUGCUUUCACAUUUCCUCAAGAUACAUGGGAUGAAUACGGUAUUUGUGGUCCCAAUGGUAUAUGCAGAUCUAGGAUUGACAACCCAGUUAGAUGCCAGUGUUUCAAGGGAUUUGCCCCUAAGUUUCAAAAUUACUGGGACCUUCAAGAUUGGUCGGGUGGAUGCACUAGAACUACACCAUUGAAGUGUAAUAGAGAAGACGGAUUUCUAGAGGUUAGAGGGGUUAAGUAUCCUGAUAUGUUGAGAUUUUGGUUAAAUACAACAAUGAGCCUUGGUGAGUGCAAAGCUGAGUGUUUUAAAAACUGUAGUUGCACUGCAUAUGCUAAUCCGUUCAUUACAAACGGAGGCAGCGGCUGCUUGAUGUGGUUCGGUGAUCUCAUGGAUACCAAAGAACUUUCCGCAGCAGAUAGCAAGCAGAACAUCUAUAUCCGCAUACCACCUUCUGAACUAGAUUUUAACACGGGUAUAGAAGAGGAGGAGGAGAAGAAAAGGGCUAUGAAGUUAAUACUGAUAUCAAUUGCUUCUGGUGUUCUCGUCUCAGCCUUUAUUAAUGGAGGUAUACAUUUAAUGGCAGGAAGAAAGAGGCAAGCUGUAAAAGGAAAAGCCGAGGACCUAAAAUUGCCGGUGAUCAAGAUGGCAAGUAUUGUGAAAGCAACAAAUAAUUUCUCCACGGAAAACAUGAUUGGAGUCGGAGGUUUCGGUCCUGUUUACAAGGUAAUGUAG